GCUUGUCCUGCAGCAGCACCACAGCCAGCCAGCCAGCCAGCCAGCCAGCCAGCCUGCAUUCACACACUGCUCCCCAUGCUGAACAGAAACGAUGUGUGCUGAACUAGCUUAAGACAAGGUGCUGGACACACAGUGACGGAGAUUAACAGAGACUAGCGGAGAGCAGAGCAUCGUCCGGAGCACAGGGAACACCUUCUUUUUUUAAGGGGCUAGUUAGUUAGUUAGCCAUUUUGCUAAGCAGCUAAAGCGCCGCCGUAUUGAGGUUGCUUUGUAGACAGCAGGGCUAGCAGCAGACACCAGCGCAGAGGAAAUGAAGGACAAACAAAAGAGAAAGAAGGAGCGGACCUGGGCUGAGGCGGCUCGCAUGGUUUUGGAGAACUUCUCCGAUGCCCCAAUGACUCCUAAACAAAUCCUCCAUGUCAUCCAGACCAAGGGGCUCAAGGAAAUGAGGAGUGGUACAGCUCCUCUGGCCUGCCUGGUCACCAUGCUGCAUUCCCAGGUGAGGGGAGACCGAGUCAAGAACAGCAUCUUUUUCAAGCUGCCUGGACGUAUGAGCCUCUUCACUCUCAAGAAAAACGCCCUCCAGUGGACCAAGACUGCAACAGACUCAGAGAUGCCAACAGACGCGGCUGGCAGCGCUGUCCCCCCAGCCUCCAGCAGCACCCCUCCAGCAGGUCCAGCCCUGGCCCCGGCCGGCCCCACUGAGGCCACAGAGCAGGAGAGCUGUGACUCCACCGAGACCACCGCUGCUGCCAGUGGAGACAAUGAUGCCUCAGUGGAUGAGAGCUCGUCCAGCGCCUCCUGCUCCACAGAGCUCCAGACUCCUAGCAGCCAGCCUCAAACCCGCCUCAGCAGGGCAGCAGGACAACAGGGACGCACCGACACUCAAACCCAACACACCCAGCAUGCUCAGCACGCCCAGACCAGAUUGAGCCGCUCCAGACAGUCUGGGAGGCAGAGAAAGAAAGCAGUGAUGAUGCCUCGUGUCGUUCUGACUCCACUCAAAGUGAAUGGAGAGCACGUACCUUCAGGGCCUAUGAAGAGGAGCCGAGGAGGAGUGGAUGUUGACUUUGAAACACCAGGCUCCAUCCUGGUCAACACCAACAUCAGGGCCCUUAUCAACGUGCGAACCUUCUCAGCCUUCCCUGCACACUCUCAGCAGCAGCUGCUGCAGCUGCUGCCCGAGGUCGACCGACAGAUUGGACCUGAUGGCAUGGCCAGGCUCAGUAGCUCAGCCCUCAACAAUGAGUUCUUCACUCAUGCCUCCCAGAGCUGGAAGGAGAGGCUGGCUGAAGGUGAAUUUACCCCUGAGAUGCAGGUGCGUUUCCGGCAGGAGAUGGAGAAAGAGAAGAAGGUGGAGGCAUGGAAGGAGAAAUUUUUUGAAGAGUACCAUGGCCAAAAGUCUGGUCUAACGCGAGAGGAGUCCCUGAAACUGACCAUGAGCGAAGCCACUGAUGUUGCAGCUACUGUGCUCGACAGUGAUGUGGCAGUGGUGGCUGCCGGCGCUCCCAAGAGGCGUAGUGUGGGUCGGAGGAGGAGAGAUGGCAGGAUGAGGAGACGCACCCGGGCCGACCUGCGGCGCAGGGCACGCCGCACCCUCUGCAAACCUGCCCCACCAGCCCUACAGUCUCCAGAAGCAGCAGAGGCUAGCGCUUCCCUGGAUGCCUCAGCAGUCUCCAUUGGAUCUCCUAUGUCUGACAACACAGUGGUCCAGGGUGAGGUGGUGCUGCAGGCCGAGUCUGGCUUGGAGCUCCCUGCCGAGGGCGCCUCCUUGGAACCAGAGCCCUCCCCUGCUGCAGAGCCAGCCAUUGUGCCAGCCCCGACGCCCACCCCAAGCCCCAGCCCCAGCCCGGCCUCCACCAGCGCCAACGAGGAGCCUGAAGUCACAGCCCGCUUGCUCCCCGAAGAGGCUGCGCCAGCACUGGCCUCCACCUCCUCCCCUUCCUCCUCCUCCUCCUCAUCUUCCUCAGCCUCCUCCCCAGCCUCGUCUCCCUCCUCACCUUCCGACAGACAGGGAGCCUUUGCAGCAGGCCUCGACUCCUCUUCAUCUUCCUCCUCGGCGUCCUCCAGUGCUGCCGCUGCAGCCGAUCCCCUGGAUGACACCGCCUCUGUGGUCACCUCCAUUACAGGGGGCACAGCCACUAGCAGCCGCGAAAGCAGCCCCUCAGCCAGCCCAGCCGCCACCCCUGCACCUGCUGCCCAGCCCAAGGAGCAGAAGAGGAGGCCAGAUGAGACUCAGGCCUUCUCCAGCUUCCCCGAAAAGAGGCCACGGCUCGACGACCGUCAGUCCUUUCGUACCACAAUUGACGGUGUCCGUUCGGAGAAGCCGCAGCCGACAGCAGAAGAGCCCAAGGUCCCGCCUAUCCGGAUUCAACUGUCCCGAAUCAAACCGCCCUGGGUCAAAGGGCCCCCCACCUACCAGAUCUGUCCCCGGAUUGUGCCCCCCGGCGAGGGCUCGCGGCGGUCGGGCACGGGGGGUGCGCGCACCCUGGCGGACAUCAAAGCCCGCGCCCAGCAGGCCCGGGCCCAGCGCGAGGCCGCUGCUGCUGUUGCAGCCUCUGGCGACGGGACGGGGACGGGCGGGGUCGGGCUGCGGCCUGCUACUGGGCUACCGGAUCGCAGCAGUGGACGACGAGCGCGAGAACAUCCAGGACCUGUCGAGCCCGGAGGAGGAGGAGGAGGAGGAGGAGGAGGAGGAGGAGGAGGAGGUGGAAGAAGGGGAGGUGGUGGGAUGGAGGAGCAGGGAUCGUCUACAGGCACUCAUUCGUCUGGAGCACAACUACAGCUUCCCAAUGUAGAGCCUACUCCCCAGCCUUCCCCUUCUCUGUCCACUACCUCAACAUCCUUGUCCUCAGAGCCCCCUCAGACCCCAACUCCUACUCCAACCCCAACUCCACCUCGAGAGGAGGCAGCUACAGAGUCAAUAGCUGUAGAAGAAAUGACAGCAACAGCAGCCCAGGUGCAGAGCUCAUCCAACGGGCUGUCAGACAAGGCGGCUGCCUCACCAGCUCUAGAGCCUGACAAUGUAUCUGAGUCAGUGCCCACUCAGCAUGUAAGGCAAACCCAGGUGCCUGACCCUGUCAGUGCCCCCUCGGAGAGGCAAGAACAACAUUGUGAAAGUCCUCCUCUGGCUCCAACAUCCAUCCCAGAUUCUCUGCCCAGAUUUGGGGCCCAAGGUGUGGACGUUAUCCAGACGCUGGCCAGCUCCUCUCAGCCAAAGGAAAGAGAACAGGGGAAAGGAGCAGGUGGUGUUAUCCAACAUGGUUCCCACCAUGUUGGCCACCAGGAGGCGCCCUCCCCCUCUGUGAUAGAGAGACAGCAGACAGAUGCUUCCUCUCCUCCACACAUGGCCUCCUCCAUCAGAGAGAAAGAGGAUGAAGCUGGCGGCCACAGCGACUCCACUGAGACUGCUUCUGACUGUGAGAUUGAGAACCAGGAGGACGACCAGCAGCACCAUGACCGGGAUUGGCACCACCACCUGACCGCCCAGAGGAAUGGCCAACCAGUUAUCUGUAACCCCCCUCCUCAGAACCAGCAGCCGGUCAUCCAGGCCCAUGUGUCCAACCGCCAUGGUCAGACAGUCAUCCAGCCUUGCUUCCCCAAUGGUCUGGCUCACCCUCAACCCAGCCGCCCCCAUCCCCAGGACCCUCAGCCCCUAUCCACAGCCCACCCACCAGGCCUCAGGGGCCACACUAACAUUCUAGCCAAAAUGGAGCCUUUAGAUGACUCCAGAGCUUCUAUCCAGAGCUCUGCUGAAGAGGAGUGUCGUGGGAGCUUGAAGCCCUCUGCCACGACACCCACUGCUGCAGCCGCCAAGAGGCCGGCCAGCUCGGCCAGGCCGGUGUCCAGUGUGGAGGCCAACAACCCUCUGGUCACCCAGCUGCUACAGGGCAGUCUGCCCCUGGAGAAGGUCCUACCUUCACACUCUGCCAACAGGCUGGAGAUCAGCCGACUGCCCGGGCCCCAGCCCAGAGCUCCAGCAGCCAGGACCCCGGGGCCCCGCAGCAGGCCAGAGGUCUCAAGCCAGUCGUCCAGCCCUGACCUGGCUCUGGCCUCUCAGAGCCAUAAUAAGUCUCCAGCUAGCCGUGGCGUGUCCUGUCUGAUGGAGGCCCCUGCCAUGCCGCAGUAUCAAUCCCAGCAGCCACCAGGAGCUGUACCAGUCAUCACCUCCCUCCCUCCCUCCUCGUCCUCUUCCUCCUCCUCCAGGCGCGCCUCAGACCACAGUUCCCAGAUUGCAAUGGCUGUUGAGUCUGUGGUAAUCAAAGAGUCUCCUGGGCCUCAGCCCUCACAGGGGGCCACGCCAGAUGGGCCCCAGCCGGCCAACCGGACCACGCCUAAUGGACCUUCCCCUCCCCAUGCUGACCCUUGCCCCUCGGAAGUGGUGCCCACUAUUAAGAUCAACUGGCGGCCACCACAUUCUCAGCCCCACACUCCCCAACAGCAGCCAUCUCCUGCACCCAGUGUGAAGAAUGAGCUCAAUGCCCGGCCCUCGUGCCAGGCUCUUGCCAAAUCCUCCCCCACCACACCCAUGAGUGUUACCAAAAAGGAGCCUGGGAACUCUGCAGACGGCUAUCUGACAGGUGGGGCAAUGGAGGGACUGCUCAAUAUGGAGAUGACUUUAGCCAGAAUGGCCAAGAAGGAGCACGGCAAAGCUCCUUACUCCUCUGGCUCGCCCUCCUCCUCGUCCCCCUCACCCUCCUCUUCCGCCUCCUCUCUUCCCUUCCUGUACGGGAAGCUGCCCAAGCAGGGCGGAGGUGUUGGAGGGGUCAGCUACACGGCUAACGUGUCGGUGAUGGAUGGCGGCGGUUUCUCUCGGAGUCUGGCGGACGGCGUGCUCCAGCUGCGCCCCCGCCUGACCUCCAGCCAGGCCACCCUCAGCAUCCAGGCCUUCGCUGACAGCACCGCCGAGGAGGUGGCGCUCAAGUGCUCGUGCCGCCUCAAAGCCAUGAUCAUGUGCCAAGGCUGCGGUGCCUUCUGCCAUGACGACUGCAUCGGGCCCUCCAAACUGUGUGUGUCCUGUCUAGUGGUCAGAUAGUAUGUUGAACCCCCUCUAAGCGGUAGUGCUACAACCUGUACAGUAUUAGGCAGCAGGACUGGUGGGGCUCCGAGGUGUACAGAAGCUUUGGUCAGGGUAGAGCAGAUGGGAGGCGCCUGACAGGCAAAGUUUUGCCUUGUAUAAUAAAAUUGGUCUGUAUUUUUUGUUGUUGCAGAUUUUCAGAUUUUUUUAAGCUGUACUGAUGUUAUGUUAUUAUUGUUAUUAUUAUUAUUGUGAAUUUUGGGCAUGAUUGAUUGUAAAUUGUGCCUUUUCUUUUGUUGUAUUUUUUUUCUCUCUCUCCUCAGAAACAUUUACCUCAUCUUAUCUUGACCCACCUGUCAUCAUUUGAGUCUGAAAAUGGUGGCCAUCAUUGUUUUGGUCCCUCUUCUGCUCAGCAUGGAGGGACAUAUUGUUCUUGUCUCUUUGCGCAAAGAAAUAUUUUUUUAACCAUUAAAAUGAGUAAACUACA